AUGUCACAAAACGUUAUCAAGCGGAAAAUCGUCAUUGUCGGAGACGGCGCGUGUGGGAAGACCUCUUUGCUGUACGUGUUCACUUUGGGCGAGUUUCCGACAGAAUACCACCCAACAGUGUUUGAGAACUAUGCCACAGACUGCAGAGUGGACGGGAAACCGGUGCGAUUGGCGUUGUGGGACACAGCCGGCCAGGAAGAGUACGAGAGAUUGCGACCACUGUCGUACUCGAAAGCCCAUAUCAUCCUAAUUGGCUUUGCUCUCAACGCUCCAGACUCUCUCGAUAAUGCAGGCAUGAAGUGGGCCCAGGAAGUCAAGUCGUACUGUCCUGACGCGCCACUCAUACUCGUCGGCCUCAAGAAAGACCUUCGUCCCGAGGAUGACGGCUCUGACAAGUACUAUGAUCAAAAGUUUGUCAGAAAAGAAAAAGCAGAACAGGUUGCCCGUCUCAUUGGCGCGCGCAAGUACGUCGAAUGCUCUUCAUUGACUGGAGAGGCCGUCGACGAUGUGUUUGAAAUCGCCACACGCGCAAGCCUCCUGCUCAAAGAGUCCUCCGACUCCACCUGUUGCACCAUCACCUAA